AUGGAGGAGUCAGCAAGCACCAUAGAGGUCACAGUGAAGACCCUGGACUCCCAGAGCAGGAGCUACACUGUCCGGGGAGAGGUAAACUGUGACUUUUGUUGUUGUUGUCCACUUCUGUUUUAGCCUGCAAUCCAACGGAACAUAUCAGUUUGGAUUCGAGGCUACUUAUUUGUAGCCUCUAUGUUGUACACUUAUGAGUGGGACAGCCCUGUACUAGUGAUGCACUGAGCCUGUUAUUUCUCCCUCAGUUGACAGUGAAGGAGUUCAAAGAACACAUAGCUGCCUCAGUGGAGAUCCCAGUGGACAAGCAGAGACUAAUCUACCAGGGCAGAGUGCUGCAGGAUGAGAGGACACUGAACGAAUACAGUGAGUAAAAAAGCCAGCAACUAUUCUAUUCAAAGGACACAGUAAGUAAUAUACUACAUACAUAGUCUCUGCACUGUUGUAAAACAGCAAAACAGUUGAGAUUGCUGGGAAUCUCACAAACUUUGCCUUUAAAAUGAUUAAUGGUAUAAUAAUAUGCCAUUUAGCAGACGCUUUUAUCCAAAGCGACUUACAGUCAUGUGCGCAUACAUUUUUACGUAUGGGUGGUCCCGGGGAUCGAACCCACUACCCUGGCAUUACAAGCGCCAUGCUCUACCAAUUGAGCUACAGAGGACCACAUGUUGGUGUUGUAAAUGAGAGCGCCUUACUCCAGUAUCCUCUGACCCUCUCUCUUCCCCUCAUUCGUCCACUGUCCUUCUCUCUCCUCCACUCUCAUUCUCUCCACUCUCCUCUCUCCUUUUCUCUCCUCAUCUGUCCUCCUCUCUUCUCCUCUCUCCUCCACUCUCAUUCUCUCCUCCUCUCUCAUCCACUAUCCUUCUCGCUCCCUUCACUGUCCUUCUUUCAGAUGUGGCUGGUAAGGUGAUCCACUUGGUGGAGCGUGCUCCUCCUCAGACCUCCCAAUCUGGUGGCGGGGGAGGAGGAGUGUCCUCAGGAGGAACAGAGGGAGGUGCCAACACCUCCUCCUCCCAGGGAGGACCCCAGGACCGCAACGGGAACAGCUACGUCAUGCUGGGAAGCUUCAACCUGCCCGUCAACAUCAUGGACCCCCAGCAGAUACAGGUGAGACAAGGUUGUGUGUUGGUGUGCACUGUGCUGCUGUUUCAUAGAGUAUUUAUUAACAGGACCCUGAACAGCUUCUCCCCAUCAGCCAUAAGACUGCUAAAUAGUUAGUUAAAUAGUUAACUCAUCACAUACGCUGCUGUUACUAUUUAUUAUCUAUCCUGUUGCUUAGUCACUUUAUCCCUACCUAUAUGUACAGUGCAUUCGGAAAGUAUUCAGACCCCUUGACUUUUUCCACAUUUUGUUAUGUUACAGCCUUAUUCUAAAAUGGAUUUAAAAAAAAACAUUUUCCUCAUCAAUAUACACACAAUAUCCCAUAAUGGCAAAGCAAAAACAGGUUUUUAGAUUUUUUUUGCAAAUGUACUACAAAUAAAAAACAAAUACCUUAUUUACAUAAGUAUUCAGACCCUUUGCUAUGAGACUCAAAGUUGAGCUCAGGUGCAUCCUGUUUCCAUUGAUCAUCCUUGAGAUGUUUCUACAACUUGAUUGGAGUCCACCUGUGGUAAAUUCAAUUGAUUGGACAUCAUUUGGAAAGGCACACACCUGUCUACAUAAGGUCCCACAGUUGACAGUGCAUGUCAGAGCAAAAAUCAAGCCAUGAGGUCAAACAAAUUGUCCGUAGCGCUACGAGACAGGAUUGUGUCAAGGCACAGAUCUGGGGAAGGGUACGAAAACAUUUCUGCAGCAUUGAAGGUCCCCAAGAACGCAGUGGCCUGCAUCAUUCUUAAAUGGAAGAAGUUUGGAACCACCAAGACUCAUCCUAGAGCCGGCCGCCCGGCCGAACUGAGCAAUCGGGGGAGAAGGACCUUGGUCAGGGAGGUGACCAAGAACCCGAUGGUCACUCUGAUAGAGCUCCAGAGAUCCUCUGUGGAGAUGGGAGAACCUUCCAGAAGGACAACCAUCUCUGCAGCACUCCACCAAUCAGGAAUUUAUGGUAGUGUGGCCAGACGGAAGCCACUCCUCAGUAAAAGGCACAUAACAGCCCGCUUGGAGAUCGCCAAAAGGCACCUAAAGACUCUCAGACCAUGGGAAACAAGAUUGAACUCUUUGGCCUGAAUGCCAAGCUUCACGUCUGGAGGAAACCUGGCACCAUCCCUACGGUGAAGCAUGUUGGUGGCAGCAUCAUGCUGUGGGGAUGUUUGUCAGCAGCAGGGACUGGGAGACUAGUCAGAAUCGAGGGAAAGAUGAACGGAGCAAAGUACAGAGAGAUCCUUGAUGAAAACCUGCUCCAGAGCACUCAGGACCUCAGACUGGGGCAAAGGUUCACCUUCCAACAGGACAACGACCCUAAGCACACAGCCAAGACAAUGCAGGAGUGGCUUCAGGACAAGUCUCUGAAUGAUCUUGAGUGGCCCAGCCAGAGCCUGGACUUGAACCCGAUCGAACAUUUCUGGAGAGACCUGAAAAUAGCUGUGCAGCGACGCUCCCCAUCCAACCUGACAGAGCUUGAGAGGAUCUGCAGAGAAGAAUGGGAGAAAUUCCCCAAAUACAGAUGUGCCACACUUGUAGCAUCUUACCCAAGAAGACUUGAGGCUGUAAUUGCUGCCAAAGGUGCUUCAACAAAGUACUGAGUAAAGGGUCUGAAUACUUAUGUAAAUGUGAUAUUAAUUUUUUCUUUUCUUUUUUUAAGUUUGCAAAAAUGUAUAAAAACCAGUUUUUGCUUUGUCAUUAUGGGGUAUUGCGUGUAGAUUCAAAACAAUGUAAUUUAAUUUUAGAAUAAGGCUGUAACGUAACAAAAUGUGGAAGAAGUCAAGGUGUCUGAAUACUUUCCGAAUGCACUGUAUCUACCUCAAUUACCUCGUACCCCUGCACAUCGACUCUGUAUUGGUACCCCGUGUAUAUAGCCAAGUUAUCCUUAGUCAUUGUGUAUUUAUUCCUUGUGUUAUUAUUAUUUAUAUAUUUUUACUCUCUGUAUUGUUGGGAAAGGCCUGUAAGUAAGCAUUUCACUGACAGUCUACACCUGUUGUUUAUGAAGCGUUUGACAAAUACAAUUUUAGAAAAUGUUAGUUUUUCAGAAUAAAUCUAAUAUCGAGCACCUAAAUAAUGUAUUUAAUUAAAAUGUUUUAAAGGAUACCAAAUGUGUUGAGUGUCUAGAUGAAUUGAGUGUAUUAUCAAUGUAUCAACAGUGUAGUAAUACAAGUGUAAUAACUGAAUUCCUUGGCAGAUGCAAGUACAGCAGAUGAUGGCAGGAGUGGGAGAAGCAGGAAGGAAUACCAGAGUCAGCACCAGCACUGGAGUAAGUCUUUUUUUAUUAUUGUCAUAUGAUAUAGAUUAUUAAUAUUACUAGUAGGGUAUGUUUAUGAUCCGUCUUGUUUCUAGAGCAACGGCUCAGUGGAUGUGCAUAUCAACGUUGACCAAUCAGUGCAGAGCGAGCCCAGGAUGAGGCUGCAAUUGGCUGAGAACUUGCUAAGAGAUACCCAAUCUCUGAUCCACAGACUGGAGGUACAGUUACAACUUGCAUACUAUGCUAUGUUAUGUUAUGCUAUUAUGAUAUGCUAUACAGAAAUCUAUUUUCAGUGCCGAGUUGACCUUUUAGACAGCAUGUUUGUGUUUAUGUUUGUGUUUGCAGGGUCAGCCCAGUGACGUGCCAUCUCAAGCCGAGCCGGAGACGUCUCAGUCCACCUCCUCCUCCUCCUCUUCCUCCUCAUCCUCCUCUUCCUCUUCCUCUACAGCUGCCACUGAAGGAGCAGCACAGCCUAUGGACACCUCCCCCCCUGCUCCACCACCUCCUCCUCCCACAUCCUCCACCCAGACAGAGGGACUACCCCACUCCGGGCCCAAGUAAGUGCUCAGGAGGGAACAGCGUAGCAAAGCAUUACAAUUCUUUUGGGGAAAAUCAAGUUCAAGUAGAAUCAAAACGCUUACUCCUGUUUCGUGCCUACUGAACAAACACCUCUCUGUCUCUUUCCCUCUUCCACUCCCUCCCCAGCCACCCCAGCCCAGCAGAGCUGGUGGAGGUGUUGUCAGAGGUGAGGAGGGUGGAGGAGAGGCUUCGUCCCUUCAUAGAGAGAACUCACUCCAUCCUGGGGGCUGCCACUUCAGCAGACUACAACAACAACGUAAGCACUACAACUCAAUUCCAUUCCAUUGCACAGCAACUAGCUAUCCGCACCCCGUGCAACACAUCAUCACACUGUUUUUGACUUCAACCUUAAACUCCUGUCAUCAAGGCAAAGGGUGGCUAUUUAAAGAAUCUCAAAUAUAAAAUAUAUUUUGAUUUGUUUAACACUUUUUUGGGUACUACAUGAUGUGUUAUUUCAUAGUUUUGAUGUUUUCACUAUUAUUCUACAAUGUAGAAAAUAGUAAAAAUGAAGGAAAACCCUUGAAUGAGUGGGUGUGUCCAAACUUUUGACAGGUACUGUAUACUUCCAUUCAUUUUUUCAACUGGUACCGGGGGAUCUUCAGACGAGUCUUGUGAGGCCUGUGGGCGUCCUAGUAUAAAUAUUACUGUGUAGCCCAAACUGUUCGGACGCUACAGACAGAAGUUGGCAGAUCGGCUGUACCGACUUCCGACGAGUCCCAAGAAGCUUGUGUGGGCCGUAGAGCAAAAUGGAGAACACCAUCGUGUUCGUGAGAGUCUCAUCUUUCCAUAGUCUUUAGGCCAAACCGUUCGGAUGCUACAGGCGAUUUUGUGAGAAGACCAAUUUUUGGGAUGUCUCAUGGUCUGACAAACACCACUCUAGCUCUGUCACCUUUCACCGCAGAUGCGGGAGUGUUACAUAGGCGGAUGCGGUGGAUUGAGACGCAUUCAAUGCAAAAAAAACAGAUAUCUCUCUAGCUUAAACUGACAGAUUUUGAUGGGGAUGUUUUUAUUAUGCUAAUUAGAUUUCCGCGGGGGCGCAGACAUCGACCUUAGGCGGUUAACUUUAAUGGUGUCCAUGAGAAGAAAAGUUCCAUCAUAAACUGCGCCGCAGAGUAUAGUGAGUAUUUUUGAAUAGAUCAGUCACAGUGCAGUUUUGCAUGAGGAAAAUGGAGCCCCAAACAGACUUGAAUAAACCGCAUGUGAAUCAAUCACCACAUUGUUCUUCUGUCGUCACAGACCCAGGAGAGAGAGGAGGACCAGCAUGUUCUCAACCUGGUCGGGGAGUCUCUCCGUCUCCUUGGCAACACCCUGGUUGCCCUUAGCGAUCUGCGUUGUAACCUGGCCACUCCUCCCCCCCGUCACGUCCACGUGGUUCGGCCCAUGUCCCACUACGGCUCCCCCGUCCUGCUGCAGGGUGGUAUGCCCCACCACAUCCCCAUACCGGUAGGUCACUGUGUGGAGAGUUUCUUCCACUUAUACUCUCAGCAGUUUUUGUAUUUCAGUACCAGGGCCUAAUACUAACUAAACCUCUUACUUUGUACCAGCAUUUAGCUGUUGGUCCGGUGCAAAUUUAAGGCCCAGUUUGGUACAUGCACACCGUUUUCUAGGGACAUUAUUAACUUGACUUAUGUCUUCAGAUAAACCUUGGAAACCUGGGGACCACAGUGACUAUGACGUCCAAUGGGAGGCAGGCAGCCGAGGGCCGAGCCCAACCCUCUCAGGCUCCUGGCCCAUCAGAGAGCCAGGCCCCACCUCCACAGCCCAACGCAGCCAAUCAGCAGCCAGGUCAGGGCCAGGGGGCUCCGCAUGUGAUCAGAAUCACCCACCAGACCAUGGAGCCUGUGGUAAUGAUGCAGAUGAACUUGGACGGUGAGGGAGGGGACACAUUUUUAUUUUCUCUCACUCUUGGCUCAUCUCUUGGAGUUGUCAUGCCCUAACAGUGUCUCUCAUGCAUACCAAAUGAUCAAUACAUUAGGUAAUCAAUCCAAACCGAGAGAGACCGUAGCCAUUGUUUAUCUCCUAUAGGAAACCUUAUAGGUGUGUUAGAGCAAGGCUUGCAUACCCAGUAUGUACAGUGGGGAGAACAAGUAUUUGAUACACUGCCGAUUUUGCAGGUUUUCCUACUUACAAAGCAUGUAGAGGUCUGUAAUUCUUAUCAUAGGUACACUUCAACUGUGAGAGACGGAAUCUAAAACAAAAAUCCAGAAAAUCACAUUGUAUGAUUUUUAAGUAAUUAAUUUGCAUUUUAUUGCAUGACAUAAGUAUUUGAUCACCUACCAACCAGUAAGAAUUCCGGCUCUCACAGACCUGUUAGUUUUUCUUUAAGAAGCCCUCCUGUUCUCCACUCAUUACCUGUAUUAACUGCACCUGUUUGAACUCGUUACCUGUAUAAAAGACACCUGUCCACACACUCAAUCAAACAGACUCCAACCUCUCCACAAUGGCCAAGACCAGAGAGCUGUGUAAGGACAUCAGGGAUACAAUUGUAGACCUGCACAAGGCUGGGAUGGGCUACAGGACAAUAGGCAAGCUUGGUGAGAAGGCAACAACUGUUGGCGCAAUUAUUAGAAAAUGGAAGAAGUUCAAGAUGACGGUCAAUCACCCUCGGUCUGGGGCUCCAUGCAAGAUCUCACCUCGUGGGGCAUCAAUGAUCAUGAGGAAGGUGAGGGAUCAGCCCAGAACUACACGGCAGGACCUGGUCAAUGACCUGAAAAGAGCUAGGACCACAGUUUCAAAGAAAACCAUUAGUAACAGACUACGCCGUCAUAGAUUAAAAUCCUGCAGCGCACGCAAGGUCCCCCUGCUCAAGCCAGCGCAUGUCCAGGCCCGUCUGAAGUUUGCCAAUGACCAUCUGGAUGAUCCAGAGGAGGAAUGGGAGAAGGUCAUGUGGUCUGAUGAGACAAAAAUAGAGCUUUUUGGUCUAAACUCCACUCGCCGUGUUUGGAGGAAGAAGAAGGAUGAGUACAACCCCAAGAACACCAUCCCAACCGUGAAGCAUGGAGGUGGAAACAUCAUUCUUUGGGGAUGCUUUUCUGCAAAGGGGACAGGACGACUGCACCGUAUUGAGGGGAGGAUGGAUGGGGCCAUGUAUCGCGAGAUCUUGGCCAACAACCUCCUUCCCUCAGUAAGAGCAUUGAAGAUGGGUCGUGGCUGGGUCUUCCAGCAUGACAACGACCCGAAACACACAGCCAGGGCAACUAAGGAGUGGCUCCGUAAGAAGCAUCUCAAGGUCCUGGAGUGGCCUAGCCAGUCUCCAGACCUGAACCCAAUAGAAAAGCUGGCCAUGCUUUCCAUCUGGCUACCACUAACCCGGCCACCAACUCUGCACCCUCUGCUGCAACUUGCCCAUGCCCCCCCCACGCUUCUCCUUCACACAAAUUCAGACAGCUGAUGUUUUUGAAAGCGCUGCAAAAUCUGGACCCCUACAAAUCAGCUGGGCUAGAACAAUCUGGACCCUUUCUUUCUAAAACUAUGCCGCCGAAUUGUCGCAACCUAUUACUAGUCCUGUUCACCUCUCUUUCAUAACGUCUGAGAUCCCAGAAUUGGAAAGCUGCCGCGGGCAUCCCCCUCUCAAAGGGGGUUGACACUCUAGAUCCAAACUGCUACAGAUCGUGUACGACUUCCGACGAGUCCAAGAAGCUUUGUGGGCCGUAGAGCAAAAUGGAGAACACCAUCGUGUUCGUGAGAGUCUCAUCUUUCCAUAUGUCUUAGGCCAACCGUUCGGAUGUACAGCGAUUUUGUGAGAAGACCAAUUUUUGGGAUGUCUCAUGGUCUGACAAACACACUCUAGCUCUGUCACCUUUCACCGCAGAUGCGGGAGUGUUACAUAGGCGGAUGCGGUGGAUUGAGACGCAUUCAAUGCAAAAAAAACAGAUAUCUCUCUAGCUUAAACUGACAGAUUUUGAUGGGGAGUUUUUAUUAUGCUAAUUAGAUUUCCGCGGGGGCGCAGACAUCGACCUUAGGCGGUUAACUUUAAUGGUGUCCAUGAAGAAGAAAGUUCCAUCAUAAACUGCCGCCGCAGAGUAUAGUGAGUAUUUUUGAAUAGAUCAGUCACAGUGCAGUUUUGCAUGAGGAAAAUGGAGCCCCAAACAGACUUGAAUAAACCGCAUGUGAAUCAAUCACCACAUUGUUCUUCUGUCGUCACAGACCCAGGAGAGAGAGGAGGACCAGCAUGUUCUCAACCUGGUCGGGGGAGUCUCUCCGUCUCCUUGGCAACACCCUGGUUGCCCUUAGCGAUCUGCGUUGUAACCUGGCCACUCCUCCCCCCCGUCACGUCCACGUGGUUCGGCCCAUGUCCCACUACGGCUCCCCCGUCCUGCUGCAGGGUGGUAUGCCCCCACCACAUCCCCAUACCGGUAGGUCACUGUGUGGAGAGUUUCUUCCACUUAUACUCUCAGCAGUUUUUGUAUUUCAGUACCAGGGCCUAAUACUAACUAAACCUCUUACUUUGUACCAGCAUUUAGCUGUUGGUCCGGUGCAAAUUUAAGGCCCAGUUUGGUACAUGCACACCGUUUUCUAGGGACAUUAUUAACUUGACUUAUGUCUUCAGAUAAACCUUGGAAACCUGGGGACCACAGUGACUAUGACGUCCAAUGGGAGGCAGGCAGCCGAGGGCCGAGCCCAACCCUCUCAGGCUCCUGGCCCAUCAGAGAGCCAGGCCCCACCUCCACAGCCCAACGCAGCCAAUCAGCAGCCAGGUCAGGGCCAGGGGGCUCCGCAUGUGAUCAGAAUCACCCACCAGACCAUGGAGCCUGUGGUAAUGAUGCAGAUGAACUUGGACGGUGAGGGAGGGGACACAUUUUUAUUUUCUCUCAGUCUUGGCUCAUCUCUUGGAGUUGUCAUGCCCUAACAGUGUCUCUCAUGCAUACCAAAUGAUCAAUACAUUAGGUAAUCAAUCCAAACCGAGAGAGACCGUAGUCAUUGUUUAUCUCCUAUAGGAAACCUUAUAGGUGUGUUAGAGCAAGGCUUGCAUACCCAGUAUGUACAGUGGGGAGAACAAGUAUUUGAUACACUGCCGAUUUUGCAGGUUUUCCUACUUACAAAGCAUGUAGAGGUCUGUAAUUUUUAUCAUAGGUACACUUCAACUGUGAGAGACGGAAUCUAAAACAAAAAUCCAGAAAAUCACAUUGUAUGAUUUUUAAGUAAUUAAUUUGCAUUUUAUUGCAUGACAUAAGUAUUUGAUCACCUACCAACCAGUAAGAAUUCCGGCUCUCACAGACCUGUUAGUUUUUCUUUAAGAAGCCCUCCUGUUCUCCACUCAUUACCUGUAUUAACUGCACCUGUUUGAACUCGUUACCUGUAUAAAAGACACCUGUCCACACACUCAAUCAAACAGACUCCAACCUCUCCACAAUGGCCAAGACCAGAGAGCUGUGUAAGGACAUCAGGGAUACAAUUGUAGACCUGCACAAGGCUGGGAUGGGCUACAGGACAAUAGGCAAGCUUGGUGAGAAGGCAACAACUGUUGGCGCAAUUAUUAGAAAAUGGAAGAAGUUCAAGAUGACGGUCAAUCACCCUCGGUCUGGGGCUCCAUGCAAGAUCUCACCUCGUGGGGCAUCAAUGAUCAUGAGGAAGGUGAGGGAUCAGCCCAGAACUACACGGCAGGACCUGGUCAAUGACCUGAAAAGAGCUAGGACCACAGUUUCAAAGAAAACCAUUAGUAACAGACUACGCCGUCAUAGAUUAAAAUCCUGCAGCGCACGCAAGGUCCCCCUGCUCAAGCCAGCGCAUGUCCAGGCCCGUCUGAAGUUUGCCAAUGACCAUCUGGAUGAUCCAGAGGAGGAAUGGGAGAAGGUCAUGUGGUCUGAUGAGACAAAAAUAUAGCUUUUUGGUCUAAACUCCACUCGCCGUGUUUGGAGGAAGAAGAAGGAUGAGUACAACCCCAAGAACACCAUCCCAACCGUGAAGCAUGGAGGUGGAAACAUCAUUCUUUGGGGAUGCUUUUCUGCAAAGGGGACAGGACGACUGCACCGUAUUGAGGGGAGGAUGGAUGGGGCCAUGUAUCGCGAGAUCUUGGCCAACAACCUCCUUCCCUCAGUAAGAGCAUUGAAGAUGGGUCGUGGCUGGGUCUUCCAGCAUGACAACGACCCGAAACACACAGCCAGGGCAACUAAGGAGUGGCUCCGUAAGAAGCAUCUCAAGGUCCUGGAGUGGCCUAGCCAGUCUCCAGACCUGAACCCAAUAGAACAUCUUUGGAGGGAGCUGAUAGUCCGUAUUGCCCAGCGACAGCCCCGAAACCUGAAGGAUCUGGAGAAGGUCUGUAUGGAGGAGUGGGCCAAAAUCCCUGCUGCAGUGUGUGCAAACCUGGUCAAGACCUACAGGAAACGUAUGAUCUCUGUAAUUGCAAACAAAGGUUUCUGUACCAAAUAUUAAGUUCUGCUUUUCUGAUGUAUCAAAUACUUAUGUCAUGCAAUAAAAUGCAAAUUAAUUACUUAAAAAUCAUACAAAGUGAUUUUAUGGAUUUUUGUUUUAGAUUCCGUCUCUCACAGUUGAAGUGUACCUAUGAUAAAAAUUACAGACCUCUACAUGCUUUGCAAGUAGGAAAACCUGCAAAAUCGGCAUUGUAUCAAAUACUUGUUCUCCCCACUGUAUAUUCAGAGUUGUAAGCUAAUGUCUUCUCCCUGGUUGUCUCUCCAUUAGAUUCUGGCAGCGGCCCUCAGGUCCAAGGACAACAGAUCCCCAUGGGUACUGGACAGCCUGGUGAGUGCUUUUGACCCCUACAUCACACUAUGUUCACUAUGUUCACUUGGACCUCCCGAGUGGCGCAGUGGUCUAAGGCACUGCGCCACUAGAGAUCCUGGUUCGAAUCCAUAGCCGGCCACGACCGGGAGACCCAUGGGGCGGCGCACAAUUGGCCCAGCGUCGUCCAGGGUAGGGGAGGGAAUGGCCGGCAGGGAUGUAGCUCAGUUGGUAGAGCAUGGCGUUUGCAACGCCAGGGUUGUGGGUUCUAUUCGCUCUGGAUAAGAGCGUCUGCUAAAUGACUAAAAUGUAAAAUGUAAUGGUGUAUAUACACCAGACAGCCUUAAAUGACCCCUAUACCACAGUCUGUCAACCACCAGUCCCUGGGAUGUUGCUGACCGUUUUAUCAAGUAUUUAUUUCUGUGCUCUCUCAAUCUGAAGGUGCUACUCCAGUCCACAUCCCAGGCCUUCCUCCAGAGUUCAUGCAGGCCAUCGUCCACCAGCUCUCUCAGCAGGCGGCUGCCAUGGCAACCGCCGCCUCCACCGGUCAUCCCGGGCAACCAGGAGUGGGUGUCCCCGGGGCCACCCCCAGCUCUGAACCCUCUGCCCCGCCUCACCCUCACAGCCCAUUGCCCCCUGGGGCCAGGGUGGCGAUCACGCGCCCCUCCUUCUCCCCCCACAUCCCCCAGCCUGUGGGCACCAGGGGCACCACAAUCAACCUCAGGGCUUCAGUGCCCCCUGCUGGCGGACAACAGAACCUACAGGUGAGGCGAGGACUGUUGCUGUUGUACGUCGGCAAGGGUGGCCAAUCCUCCUGGAGAGCUACUGGGUGUGCAGACUUAAGUUCCAGCCCUGCUCCUACACAGUAAUUCAACUGAUCAACUGAUCUCUUCUUCCAUUUCUUCUCUUCUUCCAGGGCACACCUCUGGCUCCCUCUCCCCUAACUCAGAUGAUCAGUGGUCUGGUUGGACAGCUCCUGAUGCCUGGACAACAGAUGCCUGGACAGCAGGGUGAGUGAUUGAUUGGUUGAUUGACUGAUUAGUUGAUUGGUUGAUUAUUGUAUUUGGUGAAUGGUGGGUUUUAUUUUGUAGCGUUCAGUGUCAUCACUGUGAUAUUUUACGUGGUAUAUUCAGUUUUCAAAUUCUUUCUAUAGAUUUGCCAUGUUUCUUUCAAAACACACAUUUCUGGUUUUUGAAAAUGAACAAUGAAUCACAAGUCUUUUUUUUCCUAGGUCCUCCAGGUGACCAGGCAUCCACCAGCUCCUCCUCUGCCUCCCACUCCUUCUCUUUCUCCACCUCCUCCUCUUCAUCCUCUUCUGCCUCCUUCUCCUCCUCCAACCCCGUCCCUCCCCACCCCUCCUGUGGGGCGACCACCUCUGGCCAGACCACCACCCACACCACCAACACCACCUCCGUGGGCCAGCCACCGGAGGGGGUUGCCGAGGCCAACCUAGCCCAGCUCCUGGGCUCCCUGCUGGGUGGAGCAGGCGUGCCAGGAGCCCCUGGUUCUGCAGCUAACCCACACAUCACUGUGACUGUACCUGGAGUCCCAGGGUUCUUCCAAGGCAUGUCAGAAUUCAACCAGGUGAGAGAUUAAGUUAUUGAACCCUAUUGGUAACUUCUUGAGAACUCUUAAAAUCAGUUUGACUGAAAAGUAACUAUUAGGUAAUAUAAUCAUGUAAUUACACUGUUAGUACGCUGUAAUAAAAGUUAAAGUAGUCGUAAUUAGAAGUUGAAGUAGUCGUGAUUUGUAGAAGUUGAAGUAGUCGUAAUUAGCAGAAGUUGAAGUGGUCGUAAUUUGUAGAAGUUGAAGUGGUCGUAAUUAGCAGAAGUAAACUCCAGACAACUAGAUGACUACAACAGUGUUACUCAAUAGUUCCUCUCCCAUUUCUAGGCUAACCAACCCAUCUUCUCCCGACCCUCACCCGCACCCGGCCAGGAGCCUCCCCCUGGCCAAGGCACCCCUGCCCCCCCUCCCCAGGCGGCCCCUGGGGGUGAACGGGACCCCUCCCUGAGCCCGGACCUGUUUACAGGUAUUGUCCAGGGGGUCCUCUCCACCAUGAUGGGUUCUCUGGGGGCUCCGCAGGGUAACGGGGAGAGCAUCGCUCAGUUCAUCCAGAGACUGUCUCAGACCACCAACCUUUUCACACCUGGAUCUGGGGACGCUGUCGGUGAGUUAGUGACUAAAGUAAAAACCUUCUAACACUUAACUUUUGUACUGUUGUCUUUCGCUCAUACACAUACUAGUCCUUUCUUACUAGCACAGAAAAGAUAGCGGCUAUUUCGACUGUUUUAUUUGUAAUGAUUGGGAUAUAUGGUAGUCUUACCUACUUAAGUUGAAUACUUUUAUUGUAAGUGUCUCUGGUCAAAAGAGGCUGCCAAAUGACUGGAAUAUACAUGUAAAAAAUCCAAACAUUUAUCAAUCUACACCUGACCUGAUGGUGUGCCUUGCCAUCUGUGAUGGCGUUCUUGAAAAAGUGAAAUACGUUUUUGCUGAACAUCUUCUUUGACCUGCAGGGUUCUUUGGGGACCUGUUGUCUAUGGUGUGUCAGAGUUUCUCCAUGGUGGACAUGGUGUUGUUACUCCAUGGUAACGCCCAGCCUCUCAGCCGGAUCCAGCCCCAGCUGACUGACUUCUUCAACCAGCACUACCUGCAGGGCCGAGAGCCUACUGACGCCAAUAUCAAUGUGAGUAACUCUGCUCUACUGCCACCUGCUGUUUUGUUGAGAAUCACAACAUGAAAUUGGCACAGCAUUCUCUGCAUUCGCAUUUAACUUUAUUAAGACCAAUGUUUGUGGCAUCACCUCAAAGGGUGUGUGUUCUUUAUUUUAUCACUCUGCUUGAAGUUUAGAAACUGAAUCUACCUUGUCUUGUUGUCUUUGCAGGCAGCAUCUGAAGACCUCAUCAAUGGUCUGGAGGAGUACAUAGCAGAGAGCUUUGUAAGUCUCUCUCUCUCUGACUCUCUCUCUCUCUCUCUCUCGACUCUUAAAUAUGUUGAUAAUGUUGUAAUAAUACUGUACCCUGUCUCUCUCUCAGGCCACAGUGACAGUGAGAGAGGGAGUGGACAUCAUUCAGACCAACAUCUCUUUCCUUAGACAGCAGUUCACCCGCAUGGCCACGCACAUCCUACGCUGCACAGGUAAAACACUCAAACCCCUUAGGUAAAAUACAGCUUUGCUAUACUAGGUCCCACGCAUUGGUACCAAACUGGUUCACUGGAAUACUGACAAUCCUACUCUAUUACCUAACAGCAACAUGACUGUACAUCUGUUGCUCCUCUCUACCUCUCUGCAGACCACACGUUUGGCCCCCGCCUGCUGCUGCUCUGCACCCAGGGUCUGUUUGAGUGUCUGGCUCUCAACCUGUACUGUCUCCGAGGGGAACAGAGAGCUCUCACCCAAGUCAUCAACCACCGCAUCGUUAGUACACUCCUCUACACUACUCUAUUAUUUGAUUGACUUUAGUGUUUCCCAACCCGGUCCUCAGGACCUAUAGCCAUUCCACAUAUUUUCCUAUUUUAGUACAAGCUAGUUGCUAAACUAGUCAAUGAAUCAGUUGAAUCCCAUUGUAUCUGGUAGGUUAGGUUGUGGGUUGAGUCGUGUCUGCAUGGUGGGUAAGGUAUAGAUCUAUAGAUGUUUCUCUCUCCUCUCUCUAUGUCCACAGACGAGGAUGUCAGCAGAGGUCAACCCCAGCCUGGUCAACUGGCUGACCAGUAUGAUGACCAUGAGACUCCAUGUCAUUCUGGAGCACAACCCAGUCACUGAGGACCACAUCCAGCACUAUGUCAUCCACACACAGAGAGCAGAGCCUGAGGCACAGGCUGGACAGCAGACAGACACACAGAACAUGGAGGUGAGUGAUUGUGUGUGGGCGUACAUAGGUUAGUCUUUCCAGGUGUUGUUAUCUGAGGGUUAUAAGGACACUAUGCUUGGGCACACCUAGAAAAAUAUCUGGUAAUUCCAUGAAAUCAGCGAGGAACACAAAGUUCAGACAGCUUUGAGGACAUGUUUAUCUUCAUGUCUUCAUACAGUACAGCUAACCUUAGUUAACCUUCUUCUCCUCUCUCUCCCUAUCACUAGAUGGAUGAAGGUCUGUCCCCGGCCCCAGCCACCACAGCAGGGGAGGCCAUGGUUUCAUCAGGGGACAGACAGGAAGUUGGAGCGUCCCCCGGGGUGACCACCCCCUCGCGGAGAGCAUCGUCAGGGGAGACUGGAAGAGCCGCUGCCAUGGCAGCAGGAAGAAGGGAGGAGUCUGUAGGAGACGUGGAGCCCUGGGCAGCUACAGUACCCCCUGUAAGGCCUAUGCUUUACUGUUUAGGGAAGCGUUUCCCAAACUCGGUUCUGGGGACCCCAAGGGGGGCACAUUUUGGUUUUUGCCCUAGCCCUACACAGCUGAUUUCAAAUAAUCACCUCACCAUCAACCUUAGAUUUUUUUAAGUUUGUGAAUGGCUGGUUUAGGGGUUAAGUGCCUUGCUCAAGGCACAGUGUCAAGAGAGGGCAUCUAGGAUACCUAGAAUCCCACCAGAUUUGUUCUCAGUCAGACACAGUAUUUGAACUUGUAACUUUACGGUUACAGGCCCACCUCUUUAACCUCUAAGCUAUGUGUUUGUAUUCAUCAGGAGUGGGUGCCCAUCAUCAGACACGACAUGCUGUCUCAGAGGAAGAUGAAGACUCAGCCCCCUCUGUCUGACGCAUACCUCCACGGGAUGCCUGCCAAGAGGAGGAAGGUGAGCUGUGUGGGGGGGGGGGGCUUCAUUACUAUCACUGUGCUUAAGUAAGACUGCCCAUGGAACAUUCUUGAAGCAAAUGCCUGAACUUUCAUGGUUAUUCUGACAAUAUCUCUAAAGCAAGUGAGAGUGAAACAUUUCGAAACAUCAAAUAAAAAUGAGUAUUUCUCAUUUAGUCAAGUUGAGGUAAUACCUCUCUGUUUCAAAACAUUUUCUCCCAUUUCAUGCCAUCUGAGCACACCUCUGGUUAGUGUUGACCUGUUGUUAUCCCCCUCACCCAGACCCACCAGGGUGAGGGCCCCCACCUGUCCCUGUCUGAGGCAGUGAGCCGGGCUGCCCGGGCUGCAGGAGUCAUACCUGUCACUAGCCCAGACAGCCUCCACGGGGAGCUAGAGGAGCCAGCGCUGCAGGAGGCCUACCAAGAACAGGUAAACUACGGCCAGUGUUGCUAUCUGGAGGGUGCAACGUCAUCCCUAAUCUAAUCACACAUACAUUAGUAAUAACCUCAAGGUAAGGGAGGAAGAGAGGAAGCAUUUAAAAAGUAAAUAAACAGAGCCCAAACAUCUAUUUCUGGCUCAUGUUCACUCUGAAACAGCAGGGUGAACGAGACUUGGAAGUGUGGCAACGUGAGACUAACCAGGCCCUAACCUUGACUCAUGUGUUUGUCUCAGGUGAGGAGUGACAUCAAGGAGAGAGUAAGGGAUGACCAAGACUUCAGCUCCCAGCGUUUCCCCAACAUACACCGCGCCUUCUCUCUAGAUGACUCUUAA